AAUCUUAUUUUUCCGGCCGGCGAACAAGGCACGCAGAUGUUCUUGCAUUGAUCUUGAGGUCAUUUUUGAAUUAUUUUGUAUCUUUUGAAGAGUUUUAUUCGAUUUUAUUGAAAAAUGGAAAACCGACCUGCUGCCAAACACAUUCUGCACAGUGGAUACUUCCACCCUGUUCUCCGGUCGUGGCAGUGCCCGAACACAACUGUCCGGGCCGAGAGCCUUAUGCUGCCACUCUUUAUCAUUGAUUCUGAUGACGAAGUUCAGGAGAUUCCAAGCAUGCCUGGAGUUUUCCGCUUCGGGAUCAACAAACUCAAAGCUUUCCUCCAGCCGGUUGUUGAUGACGGACUGAAAUCCGUCUUACUCUUCGGUGUGCCACAAAAUUUGCCCAAAGACGGGCAAGGAACGAAUGCAGACUCAAGCGUUACUCCUGUCAUUCGUGUCAUACCAAAGUUGAGAGAUUGGUUCCCAAAUCUUGUUAUUGCUUGUGAUGUUUGCCUCUGUGCUUACACAGAUCAUGGACACUGUGGUCUCAUCGACUCUGAAGGUUUUUUGGACAACCAGGCCAGCAUCGAGAGAAUUGCUCGGCAAGCGGUGAACUAUGCUAAAGCCGGUGCUCAUAUUGUUGCUCCAUCGGAUAUGAUGGACGGACGUAUUGGUGCCAUCAAAAGGGGACUGACUGAAGCUGGUCUUGGCUCAAGAGUUUCGGUUUUAUCUUAUGCGGCUAAAUUUGCCUCAGCCAUGUACGGGCCUUUUAGAGAUGCAGCUCAAUCGGCGCCAGGGAAAGGUGACCGCAGGGGAUACCAGUUGCCUCCUGGCAGUGCUGGACUUGCUGCUAGAGCCACUCUUCGGGAUGUGGAAGAGGGUGCCGACAUGCUGAUGGUCAAGCCUGGCCUUUCGUACUUGGACAUAGUGAGGCAGACAAAAGAUAAACACCCUGAAUAUCCGCUUUUUAUAUAUCAGGUUUCCGGCGAGUACUCGAUGCUCAUCCAUGCAGCUAAAAAUGGAGUUUUCCAGUUGCAACCAGCAGUGGAAGAGGUUUUGCUCUCUAUGAGACGUGCUGGUGCUGACGUGAUAAUCUCGUACUUCACACCUCAAGUUUUGAAGUGGAUCAAAGAAGCUCAAAAUUAGGGGAUGUUAAUUUAAAUCAAACUCGGGUUUUAGACUUUUUAGACAUUUUUUUCUUUUUUCCAAGGUUAUAAUUGAGAACAAAACUAGUUUUGUUUUGGUGGUGCUGUUAACGAUCAUGUAUAUUUUAAAUCUUGUUGGCGGUUGUUAUUAAUCAUUGUACUUAUUUCUCGCAUCUCAAAAAUUGCACUUGUGCGCGUGCCACGUUUUCUGAAAAUAUAGACCUUUAUUUUUGUCAAAACGUUGCUGGUCUAUCAUGAUUUAUAUAAAAAAAAUUGAAAAUGAGUAUCUUCGUUCCUCUGAUGCUUCGGACUUAUUUCAAGAAGUGAGAGCUGCAAUAAAUAGAUUUUUUUUUUAUAAA